AUUGGGUGUUGUUGAGUGCACAGGUAGCCAUCUGCUUUGUGAUCGAGGCUUUAUACAGAUUUUGCAAACCGUUAAGCGAUUUUGUCGACGCUAAAACGCACGGAGAAGUAACUUCUUUCCUGUAGGAUACUGCUCGACUUUCCGUCACAACAGAAGCAGAAGAGGUAUUAGAAAGCGGGUGUAACGGUAUAGAUAAAAAAAAAGAUUUGUCCUGACUUCAGAGAACGUUUUUGGCUCUGCUGCAGUAGUUGCUGAAACGGAACUUGUGCCGCGAAACCUCACAAAAUGUCGCCGAAAUUGCAUCUUCAUGCUAUUAUUUUUUGGUGCGUAACAGGUAUUCUGGGUUCCUACGCGCAAGAAUGUGGCCGACCACACAUAGUGGAGAGCAGGAUUGUGGGCGGUACGGACGCUACAGAGGGCGAGUGGCCGUGGCAGGUUGAUAUACAGACACAGCAGAGUGGUCAUAUCUGUGGAGGCUCCAUCAUCACAGAGAGCUGGGUCCUAUCGGCCGCUCAUUGUUUCCCCGAUCCAUCCGAUGUGAGAUCUUACAUCAUCUACGUUGGCCGGUACCAGCUUAAUGGCCUCAACAAGUACAUGUCAACGUAUCGUGUGAGCCAGGUGGUGAUCGCAUCCGGUUACAAUGAGCCUCAAAAAGGGAACGAUUUGGCGUUGGUAAAGCUGUCCAGCUCAGUAACCUGGUCACAAUAUGUCCGUCCCAUCUGCUUGCCCGCCUCUGGCACCCUGUUUCCAAGUGGCAUGCAGUGCCAUGUCACAGGCUGGGGGAACAUCCGUGAUGAUGUGCCUCUGCCAGGGGUCGGGACUCUGCAGAAAGUGCAGGUGCCAAUCAUUUCCCAGAGUUCAUGUCAGGAGAUGUACCAGACAAACCCAACAGAGCAGGUGGACAUCCUGUAUGACAUGAUCUGUGCUGGAUACCAGAAGGGCGGCAUGGACUCCUGCCAGGGUGAUUCAGGAGGGCCUCUUGUCUGCCAGAUGGAAAAUGGGACCUGGGUGCAGGCUGGCGUGGUGAGUUUUGGACUUGGCUGUGCUCACCAAAACCAGCCAGGUGUGUAUGCCAGACUGACCACCUUCUCGAGCUUCAUUAAAAACACGGUACCAGAGAUCAAGCUGUAUGGCCGAGCAAAUUGGAACUGGUGUGGGAGGGCUGCCAUGUUGGUCAGUUGUCUGUCCUCUCUACUGAUCCUGCUUCAGAGGUAGAACACUUCCGACAACUGGAUCUGUGAGAGACUGGUUGAGAAGAUCAUCCAGAUCAAAGCCCACGCCGUACCCAGCCCCGCUGCCUUUAGGGGUGACCGAGAACACCGGGGAUGGGGACGUGGUUUUGGCUUGGUCCAGUUCUUUGUAGCCAAAGAUAGCCUUCUGAACCAGCCCAACAGUGUUCUUGGCAUCAUAUUUUACACUCUGCAAAUGGGCCUCGGACUGUCUCUGUCCAAAAAAGCAGCAAUGUUUUUGGUCUUCUCCUCCUGGGUGUCUAUGGCCGGCUCAAUUUAUCUUGCAUCUAUUCUUGCCUUUGUUCUGGGGGAUUUCUGCAUGGUCUGCGUGUCAACAUAUAUCGUCAACUUUGCGUUGCUCUUCACCAACCUGAAACUCAUGGGAGGGGCACAAGGCAGGUAUUGUCAAACCAGGUAUUUAAACAUUGACAAACUGGAAUCGUGCAGUCGCACAAUGGCUACGAGGAAGUGGAUGUGCGUUUUGACUCUGGCGAGCCUUUUAUCUGCAGAAUCACAUGCUCAGCUUAAUGUAUGUGGCACUGCUCCCCUCAACACCAGGAUAGUUGGAGGUAAAGACGCUCCAGCUGGAAGUUGGCCCUGGCAGGUUAGUCUGCAGGGAUUUGGCAGCCAUGUUUGUGGUGGUUCCCUCAUCAACAGAGAGUGGGUGAUGUCUGCUGCUCACUGCUUCUCCAGUACAAGUACGUCUGGAUGGCAGGUUUCUCUUGGUCGUCAGAACCUGCAGGGCAAUAACCCAAACGCAGUGUCCAGAACUGUCGCCAGAAUCAUUUUGCAUCCAAACUAUGACCGGAACACCAACAACAACGACAUUGCUCUGCUCGAACUCUCCUCACCGGUCCCAUUCACAGCCUACAUCAGACCUGUGUGUCUGGCAGCCAGUGACAGUGUGUUCAACAGCGGUACUAAUAGCUGGGUCACUGGCUGGGGCACACUCAAGGAGGGAGUGUCAUUACCGUUCCCUAAAACUCUUCAAGAAGUGAAGGUGCCAGUUCUAGGAAACAGACAGUGUAACUGUCUCAACGGAGUCGGUACAAUCACAGACAACAUGAUCUGUGCUGGUGUUCUGGCAGGAGGCAAAGACUCAUGUCAGGGUGACUCAGGAGGUCCAAUGGUGAACCAGCAGGGUUCUGUCUGGAUCCAGUCUGGAAUUGUCAGUUUUGGUUUUGGCUGUGCUCGGCCCAAUCUGCCGGGAGUCUACUCCAGAGUGUCCAGGUACCAGUCCUGGAUCAACUCCCUCAUCAGCUCUGAUAAGCCAGGCUUUGUCCAGGUCACCUCCAGUGGACUGGAUGCUGACAGCAGCUACACCUGUCCUGGUCUGCCAGCGACCCCAACAACUUCACCAACGACAGGACCAAGUACUGCUUUCCAAAGUAUAAACAGUCCUGCAAGUGAUGGCCCUGCAUAAAAUCAUUUAUUUCCAAUUACAGUUUUUUAACUGUUACAAUUUUGAUAAUUUAAUUUACCUCUACCUGUCAGUUAUUUCUGCUUCUCUUCAUAUUAAAAUUGUUGUCAUAUAGGAUCUGUGUU